UGGACACUCUUUUGUUUUGACCACCGAGUUAACUUAUUGAUUUGGAUUGUGACAGGAUCCAACUUUUACAAAUGGCUGCACGUCGCAAAUCAGGCGGCGCAGAUGCCCGUUUCUAUGAAUCACCAGAUACUAUUGCUCAGUUUGAGCGCAUCAAGGACGAACUUGUACGAGAGCUAAACAAGAGGCAUCCGGGAUCGGACGUAUUGCUGACUGCGAGGGAAUUGUCAAAUUUUACUCAUGCCCUCCAGCAAUUUCAGGAAGAUGUCCUUGGCACCAAUAAUGCGCACUUAUUGCCAUCAGCCUCAGCAAGGAUUCCUGCAAAAGUUUUUCGAUGUGACGUCAUCAAUGGAUCUUCAGCAAUAUACAAGGCAUUAAGAGCCGCAUACGAGUAUCGCUUUGCACAAGGCUGGCGUCGUUGGGAUCUCUCUAGCGCAGCCAGAAGAAGUCAAAAUUUGGAGUUAAUCGCACAUAUUCGCCAGGAACUUAUUUCUCAAGGCGUCAUUAAGAAUCCUGUAGUUGCGUUUGAUGAUUCGAUUAGUGAAGAAGAGCGAGAGAAACUUGAGUCAUCGGUUGAGCGAUUAGGAGGAACCAUAACAUCAGAUCUUGACCAGGCAACGCAUAUUAUUCAUCACUCAUCAGAGGAACUGGAAAGUCCCGAAGGCGAAGAGUGGCUUCGCACGCUAGAAAAGAAGGAUGGCAAGGUUCUGGUUCAUUACUGGUAUUAUCCUGACUCAUACGACGAAUGGUUGCUCGAAACAUCAAGCGAAUUUAUGGACCCGGAGCCCGCACCGGAACACACUGGUGCUUGGAACAUUUCUGCUAGGUGGAUCAGAGACAGUGAAAAGUACAAUGAAUGGAUGAAUGAAGAGGACUACGAGCCAUCUUCAGAUCAGGCAAGUGACCAAGAAUCAACUGCAAGCUCGCCUGCGCCAUCUAAUCAACGUUUCGGCAGCAAACGCGACAAUUCUGAUAAAACUGAACCAAACCCCAAGAGGUUGAAACGGAGCUCGUCAGUGACACCUUUGGAUCUCCAACCCGAUUACCCAGGGCUUCAAGUUGUCUCCUUGGAAGAGAAUGCGCCCCGAGGACGUGGAUCAAAAAAGAAUGAGUAUGAACCUAUCAUUGGGGGCGAUUUAGCUAAUAUCCCUACAAUAGAUGAGAAUAUCCUGCCAUCUCGCUCAGUUUCCCCAAAGAAUGCUGAGGCUGUUGAGACAGUGAGCUUGCAGAUGGAUUUAGAUCAAAUGGGGAAAGAGGAUAAAGGUGAAGCAAAUCCUGCUAUAGUAGAGGGAGGUGGGGCUACCGAGGAUGUUGGGAAUGCAAAUCAAGUGGAUGCGGAGCGUUCGCGACUCGAGGAAGAAGCUCGUCAAUAUCUCUCGCCACAAUCUCAAGAAGUCAUCAUUCCUUCCUAUGCUGCCUGGUUCUCGCUUUCUAAGAUCCAUGAGAUCGAACAAAAGUCAUUACCGGAGUUCUUCAAUUUCAAAAACAGGAGUAAGACACCAACGGUUUAUAAGGAUUAUCGAGAUUUCAUGGUGAAUACGUACCGCUUGAACCCCUCAGAAUACCUGACUGUCACUGCUUGUAGAAGAAAUCUGGCUGGUGAUGUUUGCGCAAUUAUCAGAGUACAUGCGUUUUUGGAGCAGUGGGGGUUGAUCAAUUACCAGACUGAUCCCGAUACCCGUCCUUCGACAGUUGGACCUUCCUUCACUGGUCACUUCCGCAUCGCUGCCGACACACCAAAAGGCUUACAGCCAUUUCAGUCUAGGGUUAUGCCUUCAGAAACAGCAGAAACAGUGGAUAUUAAAUCAAAUAAUGAACAUACAGGGACGACUAAACUGGAUCCAAAUUUAGCUCUUCGCCGCAACAUUUACACUAGCAGACCGGAGCUAAGCUCAAAAGAUAAUGAUGAAAAUGCAGAAAAAAAGCAUCGGUUCAACUGCUUCACCUGCGGUGUAGACUGUAGCAAGAAUCGAUACCAUAGUAUCAAAACCAAAAAUUUUGAGCUCUGCUCCAACUGUUUCACACAAGGUCGAUUUCCUUCCACUAUGGCUUCAGGUGACUUUAUCAGAUUCCAGUCACAACAUCAUUCAGCAGAUGAGCCAUGGACAGAUCAGGAAACCUUACUUUUAUUAGAAGGCUUGGAGAUGUACGGUGAAGAUUGGAACAUUAUUGCAGACCAUGUUGGGACUCGAGGUCGUGAGCAAUGUAUCUUGCACUUUUUACAGCUGCCUAUUGAAGACCCUUAUUUGGAGAGUCCUGCGCAGGAUCAGCUGGGAUCACGUCGCUCUCAAAAGCUACCGUUCAGCGAAUCUGAGAAUCCUGUUAUGAGUGUGGUUGCCUUCCUCGCAAGUGUCGUUAACCCUGGAGUAGCUGUAGCAGCAGCACAGAGUGCUUUGAAGACCCUUGCAUUAGCAAAGAAUGAUGUGAAAACUUUGACUGAAUAUGAAGCUACUCAAGCGAUUCCUGAAAGCUCCAUGGACAUGGACAAGUCAUCAAGAGAGGAGGACACUAAUACUGACCGCUCAAAAGAAGACAUUGAUAUGUCGGACACAAAUGCUAGUUUGAAAGAGGCCAAAGCAAACGAUAUUGAAGGUAUACCGCACUCGAUACUGGAGAAGGCUGCAGCAGCAGCAUUAGGCUCUGCUGCGGCGAAAGCAAAAGCACUGGCGGAUUACGAAGAACGCGAAAUCCAGAGGUUGGUAACUGUUGUAGUUGAGAUGCAGCUCAAGAAAUUGGAGCUUAAACUUCAGCAGUUUGAAGAGCUGGAAACAAUACUUGACACUGAGAAGAAAGAUCUUGAACGCCAACGAGAACAACUGUAUCUCAACAGAUUGAUGAUGAAGGAGAGUAUUAUGUCAAUGCAAGAGAAAGUGAUAUUGGCACGGCAGAUGGGAGACCCACGCGUGUUUGCCAAUGUUACAGUUCCUUUAGGUAACGUUGCCGGUACAGGAACGUUAUUUAAAAAUGAAACGAUAGUGCGUCAGCAACAGGACCUUGGACAAGUAGCGAAACACCCAAGCCGUGACCAGCAGGACUUACAAGUUGUUAUCCAGCCACUUCCAUAAUUUUAGAUUAUUCAAAAAUGCGAUGCUUGUCGGAUGGUAUCGGAGUUCAAGGAAUUCCUUUUUUGGUCAAAUGCGUUCUCGAAUAUCGCGAAAGGGACAAUUACUUCAUCUGAUCACAGUUCGGAUGGGCGCAUUGUAUCAC